AUGGGUGAUCUUGUAAGGGGUCGUUCAAUACUUGGUGUAUUGGAAAAAGUUUUAAUUGUUGUAUUGAAAGACGAGUUCAAGUUCAAAACUGGACAAUUUCUGCCAAAUAAUAGCUCGUUUUCACAAUGGCUUUCCACCCAUUUUGCUGGAUAUGUGGCUGUACUUGGGAAGCCAAAUGUUGGAAAGAGUACACUAUCAAACCAAAUGAUAGGACAAAAGCUCUCAAUUGUUACAGAUAAACCUCAAACUAUGAGGCAUCGAAUCCUUGGUAUAUGUUCUGGCCCAGAGUAUCAGAUGAUUCUUUAUGACACACCUGGAGUUAUUGAGAAGAAAUUGCACAAAUUGGAUUCUAUGAUGAUGAACAAUGUCCGUAGCGCUGCCAUUAAUGCAGAUUGUGUUUUGGUGGUUGUUGAUGCGUGUAAGGAUCCCCAAAAGAUUGAUGAAGUGUUGGAAGAGGGUGCGGGAAACCUCAAAGAUAAGGUACCGAAAUUACUGGUUUUGAAUAAGAGGGACCUGAUCAAACCUGGUGAAAUGGCAAAGAAACUUGAGUGGUACGAGAAAUUCACCGUUGUUGAUGAGGUCAUACCAGUGAGUGCUAAAUAUGGUCAUGGAGUGGAUGAUGUCAAGGACUGGAUACUAUCAAAACUUCCAGUUGGGCCAGCUUAUUAUCCGAAGGAUAUUGCUAGUGAGCACCCAGAAAGAUUUUUUGUAGCUGAAAUUAUCAGAGAAAAAAUCUUUAUGCAAUACCGAGACGAAGUUCCUUAUGCCUGUCAGGUCAACGUUGUCAACUACAAAACUAGACCAACUGCAAUAGAUUUUAUUCAAGUUGAGAUUAUUGUUGAGAAAAACUCACAGAAGAUCAUCCUCAUCGGAAAGGAUGGGAAAGGUCUGAAACUACUGGCUACAGCUGCUCAGCUUGACAUUGAAGAUUUCUUGCAGAAGAAGGUUUUUUUGGAGGUUGAAGUGAAGGUAAAAGAAAAUUGGCGGCAAGAUGAAGGACUUCUGAAGCAUUAUGGAUAUGGAGGGCCAAUUCGAGCAUUAUAAUGCUGUGUUUCCAUUGCACUCGAUACAAAUUGCAGUGAAGAUGAUCGUGUAAUUGGAAACUCAUGAUUUAGUGUGCAUUAAGUGAUUAUGUGAUGAUGUUUCUUAUUUGGUAGUGUGAUCAAGUUGGAAAUUGCAGAAGCUUGUCAUCGAUCUUCUCAAUAGCUGGAGUCAGGUACUGUAAUAUUCAUUGUGAAUCGCUCUUAGGCCACGGUGUUGGGUACCGCACAGUAUUGUAUUUUCUUUACUAUUUUGGUGUUAGUUUUAGGUAUCUUCUUUCCCUUUCCCUUGGCAUUACGUCAACGUGGAUCACGUCACUUUUUUAUUUGGCAAAAUUUUUUGGUCUUCGAUUAUCCAAAGUGAGGUCAUUACCCCCUUAGUUGGUAAGGCACUUAGUUCUCUGAUUGGGUGUGCCCGUGUUCGAGUCCCUCCCCUAAUUUGUCGGGAAAAAAAAAAUUACUGGCUUAGGUGGCUAAUCUCUGAUAGUUAUGCUUGCAUGGAGAUGGAGCCAUGGACUCGCAUCAGUCUUUGUUAUCCUACAACUGCUUCCCCGGCUUGUACUUCAUGGACUAAUUUAUUCUUUUGUUAAAACGUAGUCAAGUUUAUGGAACCAACCCUGCUUGCAAUACGAAUAUCAUUUAUGUUACUUCUAUUUUUUAUUUAUUUGGAGCAUGUAGAUUUCUUGAAGAAAAAAUUAAGAUGGUUUGUUGACUUCAAUAGCAUGUUCUUUAGGCUCUUCUGUUUUGAAGUAAAAUAUUUUUAAAAAUAUAUAUAUAUAUAUAUGUAUAUAUAUAUUUUGAUGUUUGGUUGUCGUAAAAUAUGUACAAAGAAAAAAAAAUAUUAAAACCUAACAAAAAUAACUUAUCCAUUAAUUUUUGAUAAAUUAUUUUAUACAACUUACCUGAUGGAAUUCACCUAGACUUUUGCUGAACAUAUAAAAAAAAAUAAAAAAUAAAAAAUAAAAAUAAAAAAAAU